GAAGUGUUAUUGACUUGGAGUUACUUUGUGUUGUUUAAGUGGUCCCUUUAUUUAUUUCUAUAUGGAGGGAGCUAAAGAUGAGGGUAAUGGUAAUGUGGCUGGCUAACUUCCAAGUGCUCAUCCCCAAAGUCUGUGUCAACAAAUCUGAAUAAGAACACAGCAGAACCACAGGCUGCAGCUGCUGACGGCUUCACUUGCUCUGUGGGGGGGGGAGGCUGACGCCAUCCAGGAGGCAGCGGACGUUACAGAGCCGCUCUCAGGCAGGCAGCCCGCCCCGAUCCGGUCCGGCCCGGUCCUGCCCACCCUGCUGCUGCUGCUGCUGCUGCACACGCGUGACACAUCACCGCACACAGCAGCAACACACCAGGACGCAGCGCGGCCAGCUUCCAGCCACUUCACACACUGCGGGGAUCCGAGCGCACAGAAUGGGCAACGUGCAGCCCACCUUAGUCCCAUUUGAGGAUUUUGAUGUUACGGCUGACAUAAAAGCCAUUAGAAAAGCAUGUAAAGGUUUAGGCACAGACGAGGAGGCUAUUAUCCAGAUCCUGGCCAACCGCUCUGCAGCUCAGCGUGUGGAAAUCAAACAGGCCUACUUUGAAAAGUAUGACGACGAGCUGGAGGAGGUGCUGAAGAAGGAGCUCUCGGGUAGCUUUGAGAAGGCCGUCGUGGCCAUGCUGGACGCGCCUCACGUUUUCUUCGCCAAGGAGCUCAGGAAGGCCAUGAAGGGGGCGGGGACGGAUGAAGCUGUUCUGGUGGAGAUCCUGUGCACUGCUACGAAUGAGGAUAUCCUGAGCUACAAGGAGGCGUAUGCCCAGGUGAACGAGCGGGACCUGGAGGCGGACAUAGAGGACGAUACCAGCGGAGAUGUUCGGAACCUGCUGAUCUCACUGCUGCAGGCGAGCAGAGACGAAGGCUACGAGGUGGACGAGGCCUUGGCCGAACAAGAUGCCAUUUCUUUGUUUGAGGCAGGUGAGGGCAGGUUUGGCACGGACGAGAGUACCUUCACCUACAUCCUGACGCACAGGAACUACCUGCAGCUUCAGGCCACCUUUAAGGCCUAUGAGUCUCUUUCAGGAACAGAUAUUCUGGACACCAUUGACUCUGAGGCUACAGGGACUCUCAAAGACUGCUACAUUACUCUUGUAAGGUGCGCCAAGAACCCACAGCUGUUUUUUGCCCGCCGCCUUAAUGCUGCGAUGAAGGGACUUGGUACUGACGAGGACACGCUCAUUCGCAUCAUCGUAGGCCGCUCUGAGAUCGACUUGGAGACGGUGAAGGACAUGUACCUGGAGAAGUACGACGUCACCCUGAAAGAUGCCCUUGACUCUGAGUGUGGAGGGGAAUUUAAGCGUCUGCUCAUUGAGAUCUUGCACUGAGUCACAUUACGUUCGUGUCCAUUUCUCACCUGCCUUAUUCUGCCGUGACGUAACAGGAUCCGUGACUCUAUCCCCUGUUUUCACCACUUUUUCACCCUUUUUAUCUGUACCUCUUCUUCUUUACUCUGGUCAUUUUCUCUCUCUGAGAGUUAAUCUUGCAGCACCGACCAAAAAAUCCCAGACAACUACUCAAUAUAAUCCAGUUCAGUGUUCGACGUGUGGAAAUUUUACAGCUUUUUUUUUUUUAACACUUUUGAGACUUUUCAGAAUAUUAUCUCAGUAAGUCUUCUGCUCAAGUUGUUCAGCAUAAUGUGGAAGGUGCAUUGUUACUCAACAACAUGCCAACUAACUUAGACUAUUACUUCGCAGUAAUAUGGAACUAAUGUUGACAUUAUCUGUUACUUUUCUAUUGUAAGCUGCAAUCAUUAAGUGUCGGCUAGUGCUCACAGAAUAGCAAGCAUGUGUCUCUCAUCUGUUGUUCACACCACUAUUUACAUCAAGGAGGAUUUUCACCUUAGAGCAAUGCAAGUUCCUUCUUGCUGCAACACAUAAGUGCCCAAAUAUCAUGCUUUCCAAUCUGAAGAGUUGUUAGAAUAAAAUUUUUCUGAGCCAAAAAAAUGGCAACCUCUUUAACAAAGGCUCAGUUGUAAAAGGGAUUUGCUCCAGGCUUUUUGGUCCUAUAUUUCAAAAAGGUCAGUGAGACAUUCAAGUGUUCUGGGUUGCUUUUGGGAGCUCACAUGUUGCCUUGUUCUUAGAUUUAUAUGCACUCUUAGACCUUUUUGUUGUUGCAAUGAGUAUUUACAUUAAAUAGCCAGAGUUGCUAAAAACAAUGCUGAUUAGGACAUACAUUUUUGAAGUGCAGUGGUUUAACGUAGUCAUACUGUGUAGUCAUGUUUGAAACAGGUCAUUUAAACUAGCCCAGUACUAAUUUAUUAAAGCAUAAUGUGUUAACUGAAUAUAAAUAUUAAAUUAUAAGAUGUAGCUGAAUACAUGUAAUGAAAUUUAAUAUCUGAUGUAUGUUUGUACAAUGCUAGUAUGUAAAAGGUAUUAAUAAACUUUAACCACC